CUUGAGGAAGGACGUCCACAUUUCUCUCCUGUCCACAAUAAUGACCUUUUGGCUAAACUGAACUUUGAAUCAUCAAGGGGAUGUUCGUAUCCCCACAAUGCGAUUCCAGUGAUUUUCUUAAUGCUAUUACACUUGUGUUCACAAAACAAUCAUGAAGUUGGAAUGGGUGAUUUUUGUGUUAUAUUUUUUUUGUGUUUUAGACAAUUGUUUUUGUAGUCCUGACGCGAAAAGACUGUACGAUGACCUCUUAAGUAAUUACAACAGAUUAAUCAGACCGGUUAGCAAUAAUACGGAUACUGUUUUAGUGAAAUUGGGCCUCAGAUUGUCACAGUUGAUUGAACUGAAUCUAAAGGAUCAAAUUCUUACUACAAAUGUUUGGUUAGAACAUGUAAGUAUUGUAUUUCCCAGAUUCAGAACAUCAAAUAAUUAUUUUAUUUUCAUUUUCAAGGAAUGGCAAGAUCAUAAAUUUAUGUGGGAUCCACAAGAAUAUGGUGGAGUCACUGAACUAUAUGUACCAUCUGAACACAUUUGGUUACCAGAUAUAGUUCUUUAUAAUAAUGCUGAUGGCGAAUAUGUAGUAACAACUAUGACGAAAGCUGUACUAAGACAUACUGGCAAGGUGUUGUGGACACCUCCGGCUAUUUUCAAGUCAUCGUGCGAAAUUGAUGUAAGGUAUUUUCCAUUUGACCAACAAACAUGUUUUAUGAAAUUUGGUUCAUGGACGUAUGAUGGUAAUCAGAUCGACUUAAAACACAUAGAUCAAAAGGUUGGAGAAGAUAAAGUUGAAGUAGGAAUAGAUUUGAGAGAAUAUUACCCAAGUGUAGAAUGGGAUAUAUUGGGUGUUCCCGCCGAAAGGCAUGAAAGAUAUUAUCCUUGUUGUGCUGAACCAUACCCAGAUAUAUUUUUUAACAUAACGCUCCGAAGAAAAACCCUUUUCUACACAGUUAACCUUAUAGUUCCAUGCGUAGGUAUUUCAUACCUUUCAGUACUAGUCUUUUAUUUACCAGCCGAUUCUGGAGAGAAGAUCGCUUUAUGUAUAAAUAUUCUUCUAUCGCAAACGAUGUUUUUCCUUCUAAUUUCCGAAAUUAUACCUUCGACUUCGUUAGCUCUACCUCUAUUAGGAAAAUACAUUCUGUUUACAAUGGUUAUGGUAGGAUUUUCCGUAGUUAUCACUAUAAUAAUUUUAAACGUACAUUAUAGAAAACCGAGUACUCAUAGAAUGGCACCGUGGGUGCGAAAUUUCUUCAUCAAAAGUGUACCUAAGUUGCUACUAAUGAGAGUUCCGAAAGAUUUACUGACGGAACUAGCGGCAAAUAAAAUACCAAUACAUAGAUUGUCAUUGAAGAAGAGAGAACUAGAAAUUAUGCCUUCUAGUAGAUCAUCUUCGUCUAGUACUUCUAGUUCAUCCAUGAAUAGAAUUAGUGGAUGUAACGGGUUACAUACUGGUACAACUACAGCAAGAUUGAGGGGAUUUGCUGGCACAUUGAGUGAACGCCUCGGAUACAAUGGACUGUCUUCAGUGUUUUCGGGAUUAGAUGAAAGUGAUUCUGGCACAAGAAAAAAGUAUCCAUUUGAAUUAGAAAAAGCAAUACAUAAUGUAAUGUUUAUACAACAUCAUAUUCAGAGGCAGGACCAAUUUAAUGCCGAAGACCAAGACUGGGGCUUCGUAGCUAUGGUGCUAGAUCGGUUGUUUCUCUGGAUAUUUAUUAUAGCUUCCAUAGCCGGUACCAUAUCUAUUCUAUGCGAAGCACCAGCUUUGUACGAUGACACGAAACCCAUCGACAUGGAGCUCUCUUCGGUUGCUCAGCAACAAUUUUUACCAGAUUUCGAAAAUAUUCAAUAAUAAAUGUACAGAUCUCAUUAUAAUGUCUCAGUAAGCUUGGUUAGUGUUGCUAGUAAGAGUCGAUUUACCAAAGAAACGCUCCUAUUAUCUCCAUUCAAGUAGAUACACGAUCAACGUAAGUGUAUACAGGGUGUUUCUAAAGUAAUCUAAGAUAUUUUUGUGAGUGUUCCGUCCUUCAGCUUUAUUUCUCUCGUGAACGUUAAUAUGUGUAAUUCAGGUGAUCAUAUACACUUCAAAUGGAUCUUUUUUGCUACGAGAAGAUGCUCACUUCUCACAGCCGAUGAGAAAUGCUUCUAGUUGUUAAAUAUCUUCAUGUUCCAUUCCAUACACCCCGGGUAUAAUGUUCUGAGGUUCCGUAAGUAAGUCUCUCCCACGAAAAAAUGUGGAAAGAAGUUGCAGAACCUGUACGUUGUAUCCUCUUUUAAUCCUAUGUGUCCAUUAAGGCGGUAAUGAUCUUUUUUGGUUACAGUUUCCAAAGAAUAUCUUUUCUUUUUGCCCUAUCUAUAUCCUUUUCUAGUAUUUUUUCAAUUGUCCUAUAGCCGAUUUCACAAAAAGGUUCAUGUCCUACGAAGAGUUAAUACGUCGCUACUUUGACAAGUCUAUAAAUUCAUUUCUCUCCACUCCAGUGUCUCUCGGCACAAAUUAUUGUAGGUAUUAUCGCCCACUUGUAAUAUAUUCCGCGUUUUUACUAUGUUUCUAGUUAUAACUAUCCUUACUUAUAGAAUCAUCCAUUGCACAGGUCUAAGUAUAUCGUUCUAGUACCUCCUCAUCAGGAGUAGUGCCAGAAGUAGUGCCAUCUAUCUCCACUCUAAUUAAAUAAUAAGUUUUCAAUUGCAGAGUUGCAUUGUUAUGUUUUUUAUGAUCGUUCCUCGUACUUCGAUAUCACAUUUUGAGGUUAAAAUAAUUCUGGAUACAUCUGUAAAGUGAUGCAACUAUAUACUUAAAAAUGUCGAUAAGACAGGUGAAUAUGGAACGACCCGCAAUAAUAUUUCUGGUUACUUAAGAUUCUCUUCUUUCCAAAACUCUCUUAGAAUAAAAAUAUGAUUAAAUAGGGGAUACAUUUUAGAUAUGCACGUUACAUUCAAAUAAAAAUACGAUUAUCAUUCAUUUUUUGUGCUAGUUCAAUUUAAUCUAUUCUGAAACUUGUAUAAUAAUUACAUAUUCCUAUUAAACAAUUUAUUAACUAACCAGACUUAUAGAGAAACUAUCAUUUAGCUCUAUUUGUAAUUAUGGACGAUGGAAUAUGUGUACAUCUGAAGAAUCUUCCUUAAAAUUAAAAAAAAAACAAUUUUGAAAAUGUUCAAUAGGUAAGGCCGGCCUCAGUUAGUUUAUAGAAGAUUCUUCCAGUAGAAAAUAACUAUGAAUCAUUGAUAAUCUGUUUUUCUGAUUAUUAAAUAUUUAAUAAAUAAAUAAA